AUGCUAAAGCGGAUUAUAGCGCUGGCAACGUCGACAUUGAAAGUGCUCGAUAUGAACUAUGAAAAUGAUAAAAGAAUAGACAUUGAGUCUGCUCUUUCGUCUGUGGAUAUGUCCAUCUAUGAUGCGAUAAUUGAAGUUUUUCCAAAGAUGGUGGUUCGCAAGGAGGUCGUGCAUGAGCAGCCGCAAAACGUGAAGGCCUUACCGGUGGUGAACUUCGAUCCUAUAGAAGAGUUGGUCUACGAGCUGAACGCGCAUUUCCAACAUGUGGCGUUGUUCUUCUGGAAUCGGUAUGGUGGUGAUCGGAUAGGUCUUAAAUGGAAGCCGCAUGAGUUAGAGGUACCAGCCAAGAUAUCCCCGAUGUUGUUCGCAUUAUGCCGAAAUGGAGGAGCAUCUAGUCUUUUACUGAAUAAGGAAGAGGUCUUAGAAGGAAUACGAAUAUUGGGUAGAGGAAUUGUUAAAGAUAUUCAAUGUAAAGCGUGA